AUCAUUUUUGAUGGUUUGGAUGAGAGCAAAACUGAACUAGAUUUCAAAAAGCACAUCAUAGCGUCUGCCACAGAGGUGACAACAGUGGAUUCUUUGGUCAUCAAUAUCAUCAGAGGCAACCUCCUCCCGUCUUCUCAUGUGUGGAUAACCGCUCGACCAGCAGCCAUUAAUCAAAUUCCAUCGAAAUACAUUGACCGAGUCACAGAAGUUCGUGGAUUUAAUGACAUGCAGAAGGAGGAUUAUUUCCACCGUAAUAGUGAACCUUAUGCAAAGGAAAUUGUGUCGCACAUAAAGUCAUCAAGGACUCUUCACAUCAUGUGCCACAUUCCAAUCUUCUGUUGGAUUCUUGCCACUGUCCUUAUGAAGAUGCUGAAAGAAAACUGUAAGGACAUCCCUAAAACUCUCACAGAAAUGUACAUAUACUUUCUCCUCAUCCAAAUCGAAAAGAAAAAUGAGAGGGAUCAUGGACGACAUGAGACAAACAAGCAAAUUCUCUUGAGUAGCUACAGGGGUCACAUUUUGAAACUAGCUAAACUGGCCUUCAACCACCUGAAAAACAGCAGCAUCCUAUUUAACACAACACAUCUUGAAGAGUGUGGCAUUGAUGUCCGUGAGGGUUCUGUUCACUCUGGGUUGUUCACUGGCAUCUUCAAGGAGGACUCUGUGUUCUUUGAAGAGAAGAUUUAUUGCUUUGUGCAUUUAAGCAUUCAGGAGUUUCUUGCAGCAUUACAUGUCUUCGUAUCUUACCUGAACAAGAAUGCGGAAGUCUUGGGAUAUUUUCUAAACAGAAUGACCAAUGUUGCACCAGACACAGACAAGCCUCUUGAUGAGCUGUUGAAGGGUGCAGUGAGCAAAGCUUUGGAAAGCAAGAAUGGAUAUCUUGAUUUGUUUGUUCGCUUCAUCCAUGGAAUUUCUCUGGAAACAAAUCAGAGACUCCUUUUUGGCCUCCUGACACACACACACAGUACCGCAGGGAGUAUGAAGAAAACAAUCAAGAACCUAAAACUUAUGCUAACACAAAAUGUCUCUUCAGAGAGAUGCAUCAAUCUCUUGCACUGCCUGGCUGAAAUGCAUGACUCUUCUCUGCAUGAUGAGGUCCAGGCUGUCCUAAACGAAAAAGAAGAGACAAUGAAGUAUCUCUCCACAGAACAUUGUUCUGCCUUGGCUUAUAUGCUCCUGAUGUCCAAUAAUGUCAUUGAUGAGUUUGACCUCAGCAGAUACAAGGCAUUUCCUGAAGGUUGCAGGAGAUUGAUCCCAGCUGUCAGGUGCUGCAGAAAGGCUCGACUUGCAGGAUUUGAGCUGUCAGAUACAUCGUGUGAGAUUGUAGCCUCGGCUCUGCAGUCUGCAAACUCCCCUUUAAGAGAACUGGACCUGAGUUACAAUUACCUGCAGAGGUCUGAAAAGAAGCUGCUGUCUGCUCUUCAGAGUCCACACUGCAAAUUGAAGAUACUGAGACUUUCUGCCUGUAAACUCACAAAGGAGUCUGGUGGUAUUUUAGCCUUUGCUCUGCAGUCAGAAAACUCCCCCCUGAUAGAGCUGGACCUGAGUAAUAAUGCUCUUGGGGAUUGUGGGGGAAAGCUGAGCACUGAAGCACUGAAUCCACAUUGUAAGCUGGAGGCGCUCAGACUUGCUGGUUGUAAACUAGCAGAGAAGCAGUGUGAAGUUGUAGCCUCUGCAGUGCAGUACAUGGAGUCUCUGACAGAGCUGGACCUGAGUGACAAUCAAAUGAGUGUCUCUGGAUUUCAAUUUCUGAAUGCAGUGAUGAGUCGCCCAAGAUGUAAACUGAAAAUAUUACGGCUUGCUUGCUGUAAGCUGACUGAUGAAUCCUAUGAGAUUAUAGCCUCUGCCCUCCCAUAUUGGGUCUCCUUGGCAGAGCUGGAUCUGGGUGAUAAUGACAUGAGUGUGCAUGUAGUUCAGCUUCUACAUACAGCGUUAAGUCAAAGCAACUGCAAAAUACAGACAUUAAGGUUGGUAUUUGACAUUACUACCAUUUCUAUCAUUCCUCUGAACCUAAACAAAGGACAGAAGAGGUACUGGAUACACUGA